AUGGCCGUCCCACUUCUCAUGCCCUCUCGCGAUUGGGCGCUGCGGCUAGUUUUCGACGCCGAGGGCAACCUGGGCGCAACGACCCCGAUCUACUGGGACGUGAGCCCCGGCUGCGAUCUUGAGCUGGGAUGCGAUGCGUUGGUGAGGCAUCCGCAUCCUCCGUUUGCCUUCGCGGCGUUGGACUCGCGAAGGUACUGGUACCAGUACACCUCGUUCUCGCAGUUCCCACACAUCCAUCGCUUUGACAGCAUACCUGACCUUCUGCAGCAGCUGCUGGCACUGGACAUGGCCGCCACCAGCGCAUCGAUGAAGGCAUUCAACGACGAGAGCUUCGUUCGCAGUGUG